GCGACUGGUAGCAAUAACAAUCACACUGACAAUAACAAUGAAAAUAACAAUGACAGCGGCAAAAUGACCGACGAUUCGUCCCGGGCAAAACCAAUGCCCGCCUUCUACUGCUGCUAUCUCCUGCGCUCGUCGAAAAAAAGCGACUGUAUGUACAUCGGCUCCACGCCGAACCCAGCCCGACGCUUAGAACAGCACAAUGGCAUCUCACGUGGUGGCGCAAAGAGGACAACCGCACAAACCCUCAGACCCUGGCAAAUGGUGGCCAUUGUCGAGGGAUUCACCAGUCGCACAGGCGCGUUGCAGUUCGAGUGGUCGUGGCAGAACGUGCAUAAAUGUCGACACAUCGAUAUAGUCGAAAGUGAUAUCUUGAAUCGAACUAACCAUCAAGCUAAAGUCAACUCUGGCAGCAACAAGAGAUCCGGCGCCUCCAAGUCUCUAGCGAAAAACCUAGGAAAUCUACAUCAGCUGCUACGUUCAGACUACUUCAGGACAUGGCCAUUAGUUGUGCGUUUCUUGUCUGCAGACGCCUAUGGUCAUUGGCAACGCUGGACUGAGCGUGUCGAUGGGCUACUCCCGGAUAAUAUGCAUAUUAAACUGGAUCUUCAGGCCGAGGGUGUCAGUUUCCUGAACCCGCAUCUGCCGGCUAAUGACAUGGCCCAUAUCGACGCCAGCUAUAAUGGAAUGAAGGAGUACUUAGAAAAAUCGUUGUUCUUGUUGGAUGAUUCCAACCUUGUUCUAUGUGAGGUAUGUAAGAAACGCUUAUCUGUGCAAAGCGAUGUGAUCGUCGUCUGUUCACAUCCAAACUGCCGCGCUGCGUCGCAUUUGGUGUGCCUCUCGCGACUUUUCCUCGAACAAGAUGGAAGCACAGAGUUGGUUCCAACCAUUGGCGAUUGUCCAGCUUGCAACCGAGAAAACAGAUGGGCCGAAUUGAUAAAAGAGGUGACGCUACGGCUUCGAGGCGGAGAUACCAUCACAAGCUUAUUCAAAACGAAACGAAUACGCAAAACAAACGCCAGUAACAAAAAGACAUGCAAGGGUGACGAAAAAUUAACCGAAGCAGUUGAUAAUAUACUUGAUCGCGAUUAUGUCGUUGAUGAUGACGAUGGUUUCGAUGAAAAUUGGAUCGACGCUGUAGAUGUCGCGUCUGAUCAGGAAACUAUAGAACAUGCAAUUGCAAAGCCGAAAGAGAAGACCACUUCACGUAUCGAAAUCGUCAUCGAAGACAGCGAGGCAGAGGAUUCUGACAUAUUCGAUUGACAGCA